GUACUUGUUUUCAUUUUCUUUCACUUUUGACACACUCUUCAAAGUCUUCAAGCGUUGUUUUGCUUAUCUGUGAAAAAAGAAAAAAGGUGGAAAAUUGCCGCAAAUGAAGUGAAAAUAAUUGGAACCGCUCUUUCGAGAUUGUAAACAAACGAUGAAUUUUUUCAUCCCGAAUGAUCAGCUGAAGCGGGAGGGGGUUUAUAUCCAGCAUCAUCUGCCUGCGCAAUUGCUUCCACAGGUCCUCCAGCAGGCCCAUCCUCAUUUGCAGCAAACUCAGCUACAGCAUCAUCAACAGUUCCAUCAGCAAUCGCAACCCGUCAGUACCUCCCACAUAGCCGUCGAUUCCGUAAUUCCGAUCGAGAACUUGAAAAAGGAAUUUGAUCCGUACGAAAAGGUACCUCCACCGGUUUCACAAAAUGUUGUAGUGCAGACGAUUCCACAUGACGUCAACAUACCGUCGAUGGUGGCACAGGAAUCCGGCUCACAAACAUCGACCCUCGUGACAACUACGGCCAGUACACUAGCCACAGGAAAAAAGAAAAAGAAGCCCAAGGCCGCCAAAACAAUUGUUCUGCCUCCUCUGCCGGAGGGAUUCAUCAUCAAAAUUAAAGAAGAGUACACCGAAAAUUACGUCCGAACGGUGACCAAAAUCCCAGAGGAUCAAUUUAUUCGCACAAUUAAACCGGCGGGCAAGAAGGAGCGAAAGUACCACGACUACAACCAGAUUAGCGAAUACAGAUGCGAACUGUGCGGAAAAUAUUUCAAGGACAAAUACAAGCUUAAUUACCACGUGAGGAUCCACAGUCCGGAACUGUCACACAGAUCUUCUUUUAGGUGCGAGAUCUGCGGAAAGGUGUUUGCUCACCAGUCCACACUAAGCAAUCACAAGCGAAUUCACUCUGGAGAACGGGCAUUUAAAUGCAAUACCUGUGGAAAAGCGUUUGUGCAGAGUUCAGCCCUGUCUAAUCAUACUAAGAUCCACACGGGCGAGCGCCCGCACGAGUGUCUAAUCUGCGGGAUUAGUUUCAUUCAAAAAAUUAAUCUGAUCUACCACAUCCGGAUUCACAACAACGAGCGCCCGUAUCGGUGCAAUGUUUGCAACAAGUCAUUCAUUCAACAGAGCCAUAUCAAGAAUCACAUGAAAGUUCACAAGAAGGACAAUCCUCUUGAUUGUAGCAUUUGUGGGAAAAACUACACGGAUCUCAACGAGCUGACCGAACACUAUUCAUCCCACACGGUCGAGUUGCCAUUUCGCUGCCAAACCUGUGGCAAGUGUUUCGCGCAGGCGAACCAUCUCAAAAUUCACAAGAAAAACUUUUGCAAUAAGACGCCCCAAACAUAAGCAAACUGUAGUUGAGCAUGCUUCAAAUCAAUCAAAUUAUUUAUACAGAUGAUGAUAGUCGCACGAUAGCAAUCGAAAUACGAUUAGUUUUGCGAAGUCUUUGCUUCCAGUUGAAUGCAACAAAAUAUCCUUUACGAUCAAUCUGCAUUCAUGCCGAAUAAAUGCAGAUGCAGAUGUAGGUACUGUUAUUGACUGGUCAUCGUUGUUGAGUUUCCUCCCAGGGAUAGAAUAAUUUAUAAGAUCUUAGUCUAACUUUAAGUUUUGUUUCUCUUUGUGAGCAGCAAUAGAAAUGAUGGAUAUCAGUGAAGCCGUUAUUCUUAGAUUUUCUAUUUAAACUGUAUACUUUGUGAUAGUUAAGUCAAAUCUGUUUUAGCAAUGCUUCUUCAAAAAUUUACCUGUUGACACAGUGCUAAACUGAUACAAACAACGUGGAUUUACGCAAGAUGUCGGUCGAACGUUUCUAGAAGAUUUCCACAGGGACUCGAUUGCAUGAUAAUUUAGUUGCAUGUGAAAAUAAAAAUAUGCUUAAAUAUGUAAA